AUGAAAGCUUGUGAAAAUUUGGACGCAAAAUACGCGGUACCUGCUAAUGAUACCAGCAUCAUUAUUCGAGCGGACCAGGCCCCGUCGCAUCUACUCAAAAAUGAACGAUUCGGAAUAUCGAAAAUUAACGUUGACGGUCAAUGGCACGAAUAUAAAAAGGUUGUGCUGCAACGUCGCGAAUUUUGGGUCAGAACCAUUCCGGGGCCCGUCGAAGUGGUCUGCCUUGGAAUUACAGAAAAACAUCAAAUCUGCACGAGCUGGGGUGAGAUCACCGAUAUGGAUGAAACCAAUCAACGUCGUCUUCGGAGCGAUGGGAAAUGUCCGCCAUGUCCCGCAGGCAAUGCACAAGCAAAGCCCAAAGUAGAAGACAGGGAUAUCCCGGCCACGGAAUGUGGCGAUGGUUGGGAAAAGGUCUUUGCAACCAACAGUUGCCACAAGUUGCUCGACGGCCAAGCUUUCUGGAAAGCGGAAAAGGAGUGCGUCAAUUUGGGAGGGCAUCUGACUUCGAUAAAGAGUUCGGAUGAGCAGUUGGUGAUGCUAGGCAAACAGAAGAGGUGGAGCCCUGGAAAUGCGAUCUGGAUUGGCGGCUAUAAUAUGCAAAUUAACGGCCGCGUGGAUUUCUGGUGGCUGGAUUCGCCGGGGCAAAAUAUGACCUACACGAACUACGGGCCCGCGGAGCCUGCGGCCGAUUUGUUUUGCCUGCUUUUCGGGCCAGGUGGUAACUGGAGUUCAGCUUUGUGCAGCGAAGUGCACCAGGCUUUUUGCCAGCGUCCGUUGGGCCCGCCCAAGGUUCUCGACGAUCCAAAGUGCGAAGACGGAUGGAUUCCUUGCAAAGAAACACAGCGUUGCUACAAGGCCGACCGAGCAACAAUGGAUUUUGUCUCGGCGCGUGAGAGUUGUCUGCAACAAGACGCUGACCUGACGACAGUCCAUUCUUAUUGGGAAAAUGAGGUGAUUAUCGAAGCUGCAGCCGCUGCGGGUGCGGAUAAAGCAUGGAUGGGGAGCAGGAAGGAAAAUCACAAAUGGGGCUGGGUCAACGGCGAGCCCUAUGACUUUGAAGUGAACCAUGGACUUGACCCAGUACGAUUCAAUGGAGCAUGUCUAAUUGUUUUCGGCGCCGUUGACGUCAACUCCACCGCCUGGCUGCAUCGCAACGACGACGUGGACUGCACCAAUCAGCUGAAGCACCUCCAAGAGCAUUCA